AUGUUCCUCUUCGGCCUCGGAAAACUCGUCUACGUAUGCUGCCUAUUAAUCAACGCCGUGGCCAUCCUCUCUGAAGACCGUUUCCUGGCAAGAAUUGGAUGGGGCCGCACACAGGCAGACCCUGCCUUCGGCGCGACAUACGACAGCACAAGUAUCAAGGCCAAAUCCGUGAAUUUGAUCGCUAGUGUCCGGACCGUAAUGCGAAAGGUUGGGCUAUAUGAGGCUGAGCUGACGGUUAUCGAUCACGUUGCAGUACCCCUAAUCGUGAUCAACACAACUAUAAUCAUUUACGAGCUCAUUCUUGGGUGA